CUCUGCAGUAAAGAACUCCCAAGCUUUUCAGGCAACAUUGCCAGAGGAUUUCGCAGUUUAUUUUUUCAAGUAAUAACAAAUGGACUAUGUUAGAGAAGUUGGAGAACUUCGGGGUAACCAGGGUAUAGAAGAGGAAGAGCAUGUGAUGUCCGUAGAGUCGAUUGCAAUGAUUGUUUUGCCGGAAUUGCGAGACUUGCUGGAAACCCUUACAUCUGAGAGCAGUGCCAGUUUAAGCGCACAAGAGGGUGACGACCACCACACUUCAUCAUCUAGUAGCUCGUCUUUUGAAGAGACACCCAGCCGCGAGGAAGAGAUGGGGAAUGUGGUUGGCAAUGAACCAUAUCUGCCCGUGGUUAGAGAAUGGGAAAAUAAGGCAAUCACGGGUCGAUUGAGCAACCUACGGAAGGCGCCCAAAGAUUUGCCUUCUAGGUUUAGGUUCAGGGUGGCACUUCAUCAUGAAGUGGUUGACAGCACACCCUCCAUAAGUGGAUACAAGAAACUUAAGGAGAUGACGGGCUGGAUACCAGUGUACGUGGAUCACUUUGACGCCAGCUUACGAUUUCCCCUACCCGGGCUGAUAUUUGAUCUGCUGGCGGAUUACGAGCUGGCUUUGACGCAACUGACACCCAACAGCAUAAGGUUCAUCAUAGGCUUUAUGCUGUUGUGUGCGAGGUUGGAGGUACCGGCCAAGGUGAUAGUGUUCAGGUCGCUGUUCCAGUGUCGGCUGUGCCCAAACUCCAGAGGUGCGAAGUGGUACUACCUUUCUGGGAGGGAAAAGAGCCAGCUCUUUAAAAAUGUGAGGAACAAGGUGGCGAGGUGGAAGAGGCAGUUCGUUUUUGUUCGUGAUACGCGAACAUAUAGAAUAAAUAACGACCUCGCUGCUUGGCUCUCUGAAUGGCGCAUUCCGAACGCACAUGUGAACUACCCCCAGUUGCUACCUCGGGACACAGAUAUAAAGAAUCAGCUGCUAGAGUAUGCGAGGAGGAAGAAUUUGAUUGACUUAGAAGCCCUGGUUACCUCGGAGAGAAAUGAGCAGCAUCUUGGAGAGGCAGCGCCAACAAGCCUAGGGUUCCCAAGCUCGUCGCAUCGUGGACCUAGCUCGGCGUCCAGGCCUUGCGACGAGCAGAGGGUUGAAGUUGUGGCCCCUAGUACAUGCAAGCGUGCAUGUGAGGAGAUUGACAGCGAAGAUGAAGUCCCCCUCAUGCGGCGUAGAACAAGUCUGGGGGCUCAGCCCGCGCAGGCCGCUCAAACUACAGCCGCCUGCUCAUCAAACCCGCCAUCUACCACGGUACGAGCAGCAGCUGAGCCCACAUCUGCGUCGACCUCACUGUCAGCGCCCAGGAUUGCGUAUUUGGAGGGUUUCAAUUACGUGAAGACGAACUACCAACCCGCCAUGGUGCAGGGCAUGCAGAGUUCUGUGCCCCCCGUAGAUCGCCAACGGGCUAGGAUUUAUGUACAGCAGCAUGGCGGGCAGGUCGCCAUGAUCAAAUUGAUGGACAACAACGAGCUCAGUGCCAACUGCAAACAGUUGGCUGUAGAAAAGGCUAGCCUGGUGGACGACGUCAAUCGUCUGCAAGGCUUAGAGAUGGCCAACCGAGCUGCUUCAGCGGAGAGUAAAGCAGAAGAGCUUGCGAGUAGGAACAAUGAGCUUAGGGAGGAGCUAGAGAGGGCCCGUGCUGAAAAAGAAUGCGAGAUCCAGGCAGCUAGGAACGAGGCCGCCCGCGUUGAGGAACGGGCUAAAAAGGCCGAGGCCGAGAGGGACCAUACUCUGAACGAGCUGGGCUCCUUAAGGAACCAGGUCGCCGAGGCCACCAAGAACCUCAACGACGUUGAAGAGGCCCUGAACGAAUUGAAGACAUCUCACAGGCGCUCUAUAAGCAUCGCCCGAGCUCAUGGGGCAGAAUGGCUGGUGGGGUCGGCUGCAUUCCAAGACGCGGUGGCAGUGGCGUCUGCAAACAUGACCAUGGAGAUCUACGGCGAGAUCUGUGAGAAGGUGCUGCAACACCGCCCGGACUUCCCAAUAGGCGAGCUGGCGUUCUUCGACGGGAGGACCUCGACAAGCAGGGGGGCUCCAGUGGCUGAGCCAGAGUCGUCGAACACUCCCCCAAACUCUCAGCCCACCAUGGUGCCAACGGGGACUCCAGCUACUGCACCAGCCCACCAACCCACUGCCCAGCCAUCUCCAGCUCGCGCCGAAGAUGCUCUUACUGACGCGUCCAUGCCCUCGACCUGACGGACGAUUAGUUUAGGAUUUUACAUCUUGAUCUUUUGUAUUUUUUGUUUCCUUUUCUUGAACAAUUGUAUCACAAUCUCCUGUACUAAAACUUGUAAUUUUUC